UGUUGUCUGUAUCUCCUCUCCGACUCUGCCUCCUGCUCCGCUCUUCCACUACUACGGAGUUUACGUAAGAUCUCCUGCGCUCAGCUGCACCGUCCGUCCGUCUGCCGGCGGCUACGCGUCUGCUGCCUGCGUACGAAGAUAUUCCCCGCGCGCCAGCCACGGCUAAAGCAGAUUCACCACUCCGCGCGCCACGGACGCUCGAAUCCCGGACUGUAGGAGCUCGCAGGCGAGAGUCGCGCACAGCCGUGGGAGAGACUGACUCAGUUUGGAGGAGGAAAGACGGCAAAGGGGAGAGAACACGUCGCUGCGGAGGAGAGAAGACGGAGGGAAAUGUGUGGACCAGCAACGGCGUAAUCCGAAUUCAUCCUGAGUACCUUGUGACUGGACUGAUGAUGCUGUGAUGUUAUAUUUUGCAUCUACUCACAGAAGGUUGAAGACUGAAACAGUUUACCCAGACUGUGAAUAACUUACCAACAGCACACUAAGUUGUUGGUGGAGAUGAAUGUUUGAAACAAAUGAGCUUUCUGCCAUUCUGGUGCUGAAAAAUCAACUUUUUUAGAAAAGGGGUGGGACAUGACUCAUCGGCCAUGUGGGCUGCUAUGGUGACAGGCCUCUCCAGCCCCUCCCCCCUCCUCUGGUUGUUCCAGCUGCUAUUGUGGCCACAUCUCAGUGGACCUAGAUUGGCUGAGGCCAGUCCCCCCUGCCCUGCCCCGUGUAGCUGCUCCAAUCAGGCGAGUCGAGUGAUUUGCACCAGGAAGGGCUUAGAUGAAGUUCCACAGAGUAUUUCAGUCAACACACGAUACCUCAACCUGCAGGAGAACUCCAUACAGGUGAUUAAGUCAGACACCUUUAAGCACCUGAGUCACUUGGAGAUUUUGCAAUUGUCCAAGAAUCACAUCCGUCAGAUCGAAGUCGGAGCAUUUAAUGGCCUGCCAAACCUCAUCACACUGGAGUUGUUUGACAACCGGCUUCCACUGGUGCCAUCGCAGGCGUUCGAGUACCUGAGCAAGCUGCGGGAGCUGUGGCUGCGGAACAACCCCAUCGAGACGCUGCCGGCCUACGCCUUCCACCGCGUGCCAUCGCUGCGCCGCCUCGACCUGGGUGAGCUGCGUAAGCUCAGCUUCAUAUCGGACGCCGCCUUUGAGGGGCUGGUGAACCUGCGUUUCCUCAACCUGGGUAUGUGCGGCCUAAAGGAUGUGCCCAACCUCACGCCACUCGUCCGGCUGGAGGAGCUCGAGCUGUCUGGGAACCAGCUGGGUGUGGUCCGGCCCGGGUCCUUCCAGGGCCUCGUGUCUCUGCGGAAGCUGUGGCUCAUGCACUCCCGCAUUUCCCUGAUCGAGCGCAAUGCUUUUGAUGAUCUGAAGAACUUGGAGGAGCUGAACCUGUCCCACAACUCCCUGCACUCGCUGCCCCAUGACCUGUUCACACCCCUGCAGCAGCUGGAGCGGGUGCACCUUAACCACAACCCCUGGGUGUGCAACUGCGAUGUGUUGUGGCUCAGCUGGUGGCUGAAGGAGACGGUGCCAGAUAACUCCACCUGCUGCGCCCGCUGUCAUGCUCCGCCUGGCACCAAGGGACGCUACAUCGGCGACCUGGACCAGAGAGACUUCACCUGCUAUGCCCCUGUGAUCGUGGAGCCGCCUACCGACCUGAAUGUGACGGAGGGUAUGGCAGCUGAGCUGAAGUGCCGGACCGGGACCUCCAUGACCUCUGUUAACUGGCUGACCCCGAACGGAACCCUGAUGACCCAUGGAGCCUACAAGGUGCGCAUAUCUGUGCUGCACGAUGGGACAUUGAACUUCACCAAUGUCACCAUGCAGGAUACAGGACCAUACACCUGCAUGGUCACCAACUCUGCUGGUAAUACCACGGCAACUGCGGUUCUUAACGUCUCUGCCUCUGAUCCUGUCAACGGAUAUAGUUACUUCACGACCGUUACUGUGGAAACCGUGGAAUCAGGACAGGAAGUGCAUAAUUCAGCACGGCAGUUUGUUAACGAGACGUUUAUCAGCUAUCCCGGACCGACGGCUGCGUCUGCCUCAGCAGGACCUUCUGGAACGGCACUGUCCUCUCUGCCCCCACACGCCACCCGUGCUCCCGAACGCCCCGUCACUGUUUCCAUCACGGACGUUGCCAACCUGUCCGGCCUUGAAGAUGUGAUGAAGACCACCAAGAUCAUCAUCGGGUGCUUCGUGGCCAUCACGUUCAUGGCGGCAGUCAUGUUGGUGGUCUUCUACAAACUGCGGAAGCAGCACCAGCUACACAAGCACCAUGGUCCCGCCCGCGCUAUCGAGAUCAUCAACGUGGAGGACGAGAUGGGAACAGCAGGAGGGACAAGUGGCAUUGCAGGUGGGUCCACAGUCCACACUGGAGCAGGAAGUGGAGGAGCUGGACAGAGUCUGCGGAUCCAUGACCCCGAGAUCGUCACUCUGCCCAACAUCGGCCGCGCGGAGCACGUCAAUCAUUACUACAAAGCUCACCACUUCAACAACAAUGUUUUGGGACUCAGCUUGGGGUCGGGGCAGACUGGGGGUGUUGCAAAUCAUAAGACCAGCCCCACCUCCAAAAAACAGGCUCCAUCCAUGAACACAACAGCUGCCUCUGGUGACUCCUCCAACCCAGGCUCCACCUCUCCACCUUUACCGAUUCCCAUCCCCAUGGCGAUGGCGUUCCAUGGAACGCUGAAGAGCCUUAGCCAUGCCCCCAGCACACAGACAGAGCCUCUGCUGCUGUCCAAUGGAUCCAAGGAGAGUGUGCAGGAGACACAGAUUUGAAUACGCAUGCGUUCACACACACCCACGCAUACACACACGCACGCGUGCACACACACACACACACACACACACACACACACACAAGUGCAGAGUGGAAGAGCCUGGUUGGUAUGCCAGUGUUGCAGGUAGAUAUUGAUGGGACCUUGACGUUGUGGGAGGUUUGUCCCCCAGGACACACUCAGAGGGUUACUGAGUCCUGCAGCGUUUGUACAGACAAACUGGACACGGCACUAUUGCUUAUAUAUGUGCCAAAGAAACCGUCUUUUUUUGCAGUUUCUACGAAGUUGUAACAGUGUAUAAAAUAUAGUCUAUAUCCAAGUAGCGUAAUUCCCUAUGUGUUGGUUUGCCACAAACAGACCCUACCCAUACAGGUGAAGAGCGCUUAUGAACCUGUAUGAAACACACACAAACACAGGCCUGAAGAAGAUGACAUGUUUGAGCUCUCUUACAUCACAGGUAGAUUGUGAGAAGGUGUUUAAUGAACCUGACUCUGAAAGAGACAGUGAAUCCGCAUUUACUGGACACACACUCAUCUCCACUUGAACUGUUGGGAUGGGUGAUUCUGAUGCACAAUCGAGGGUGUGUUCGUCAUAACCAGAUCCUGACACCUCAUCUCUCUACACAGUUCUCCUCAUGUUUCUACACACAGCCCAUACCUCUACCCAUGCUUCAGGAUAAGCUUAGAGAGUAGGAUAUUUGACAACGUGCAUGUGUGGGUGAAGUUGAGUUUGUGGUUUCUCUCUUUAGUUGUCUUUAUUUCUUUCUCUCUCUGUCUCUGUCUCAAGGUCAUAGUACCAUACCUUCCCAACAAGCAAAAAACAAAAAAAAAAUACUGACAACACAAUUUUGGGCCUAAUAGAUGUUCUGGAGUGUGCUGGUGUUAUAGUGAGUGAUAUGUUGUAUGGGGCUACAGUAGGUGAGGUCCGCGGUAUCUUGGUUUGAAUGGUGUAACAUACUCUACAUUUUGAAAGAAAGGUUAAAUGGCAAAGUUUUGUUAGUGGCUAGAGGUUAUAGCUAGAAGUUGUGAUUAAGAGUUAGGGAUUAAUAACUAAUGAAUUAUAGCACGGGCUGAGGUCAGGCAUUAGGCAUUGGAGUUUAGUGGAUAACUUCAGGGAUUUAAGUAAAAUUUAUGGAUUGUACUUUGGGGGUUGGAGUUUUAGUGGUUUAAGGGUUAUAGUUAGGGCUUAAUUUUAGGAGUUAGGUUGGAAAACCUUUAAGUAGGGUUGUAUGAUAUGGACAUAAACAUUAUAUUCUGCUUAAUGUGCCAGUUAAAGAUUGUCCUGCAUUUUGAAAAAAAACUGUUUACAUUUGGUAGAACAUGAAACUGAACACCCACUGGAAGCUGAAUGCCCAAUGGAAAAGUCUGGAAAAGUCUGAAUCACAGCACAAAGUAAACGACUGUGAUAGAUGCCUUAUUUGCAUAUUUGAUAGGUGACUCAUUUAUAUAUUGUAGGUUUUUGCCAUGUCAGUUUUGCAAAAACCACUGCAAUAAUAUUGUGUCGCUCUGUUGCUAAAGUGGGUUUUAUUUCAAUUCAAGCAGACAUCACAGGAUUUGUUGCGUAAACCUCUUGGUCAACUCUCCUGCAUAAAAGUAGCAAAACUAUUACCACUAUGUAGUGUAUUUCCUUUCUUGAACACAGUGUGAAUUACUGCAGAAGUGCCAUUACUGGAGCACAAGAGUAAUGAUUACUCUCCAUAGUAACAAGACUUUCAGGGUUUCAGCGGCUGUUCUCAUCUCACACAGUGGACAAGAGAUACGAUUUCACCAGUGUUGCCGAUUCGGUGGAGAUGUGUUAUAAAGCCAUUAUAGAAAAGACAUUUAAUGCCACAUUAAAGUGUAACUAACAUGGUAGCAGACGUAAUGUGCUAUGUUUGAUAGGUUAGAGUAUGUCAGGUAUGUUAGGGUUUGCUUAGACAAGGUAAGUUAUUGUGACCUCCUGGUCCUGUUGCCACUAGAACACCAGAACAUAAAACAUAAACUCUCUCAAAAUGUACACAGCUGCAAUAUGACUUUGUGUAGCUCACACAGACACACAAAGUGCAUACAUGCAUGUGGCCUUGUAGCUGCACACACACACACACACACACGUUCAGAGAGGUGUGGUUAGACUUCUGCAAUUAUAUGCACAAAUCUGGACUGAGAGAUAAUAAUCCAUAAUCAUUAUCCACACAAACAAAAACAGAUUUUCUUUCCAUGCACAAACAUGAGUUAUCUCUCUCUUUCUUUCUCUGUUUCUUUCUUUUUUGUGUGCCUGUGUUUUUGUGCGGGUGUCUUUCUGUUUGCUUGGUUUUAUGAAUGCAGGUUAGAUAAAUCCAGGUAGUGGUUCAGGACUCAGUAGAACAGUAAGUGUGUGUGUUUGUGUGAGAGGUUCAGGACUCAGUAGAACUGAACUUUGGAUCAGAGUAGUGUUUUAGUGCUCCGUGUUCAUCUGCUUUCUGCCUCCUCUCCACAACCGGAAGAACUACAUUUCCCAUCAUGCACCAGCAAAUGAGUGGCUAUCAUCUGACCAUGGCUGACCAUGGCAGAGUGCUUUUCUCUGCCUUGGCUAGCUCUGUGCAGACUGUGCUGCUGACCCAAGUGAUGCCUUGCUCUGUUACUGACCAGUAAUAGUGGGAGAAGACAAGUCUGAGAUCAGUGAAUAGACACAGUCUGCAUGCUACUCGCCCACUGAACAUCCCACGAAGCUUUUUCUCACUUGAUCUAUCUGUCCAUCUCUCUCUCUCAGUCUAUUUUUUCCUCUCCCUUUCAUAUUAGGGUCAUGGUUCAUCGGUCCAUGUGUUGCCAUGUAUAUAAUCUAAAGAUGUAAAUAUUCUCUAUUUUUUGACUGUCAGUGUGAAUAAUCCUUGUUCAGUAUUUGAAACAGACAGAAGGUUAUGGAAGUGUUUGCAUUUCUCUUUCUGUCACAGUCACUCUCUCUCUUUCAGUCUCUUUUCCCCUCUUCCCCUCUCUCUCUGCGUUUCUCCCUCUUUCGCUCUCUCGGUCUCUUCCCUCUCUCACUCUCAGGAACACAUGAGCGGCGUUCACGCUGCUCCUCCCUCCUGUCCUCUCUGUUUAUUUGUAUGAAAUAUUAGAUUUUUUUAUUUGAUAUGAGUCGAUGCCCUGUAUGCUUGGGUGGUGGAGAGUUCUGUGGUGUGACUGACUGGGCCAAUGCAGGCUGAAUUCCAGGUCAGAGGUCAUAGGUUGUGCCAAAAGCUUUUGUGUGUGAGCGUCAGAGCUGUGCCAUCUGCUACACUGACUUUACCAAUAAAACCUGAACAUUGUGCUUUUCUAA